AUGAAGGCAGUGGUGAUAACAACAGCAGGAGGCCAGAGCCUCAUCAAGGUUGAAGCCACUGCUUUAAACCGGGCCGAUACUCUCCAGAGGAAAGGUUCUUACCCUCCUCCAAAGGGUGCUAGCCCUUACCCUGGCCUUGAAUGUUCAGGCACCGUCCUAGCUGUUGGCAACAAUGUUUCUCGCUGGAAAGUGUGUGCUCUUCUUAAUGGAGGUGGGUAUGCUGAGAAAGUGGCGGUUCCAGUUUGGACAUGUUCUUCCCAUCCCACCUGGGGUGUCACUCAAAGAUGUUGUGCUGGUUUGCCUGAAGUGGCUUGUACUGUUUGGUCCGUUUUUAUGAGUCGUCGGCCGGGGAAACUUUCCUG